CUAUUAUUUUAUCGAAUCUUUCCAUCAAAAGUUAAUUACCUGGAAAAAUCCUAGAGAGGAAGAGAUAGAUUCUUGAAUUGCUGUAACUAAAAACAAGAAUUUAAGAAAAAUAGGUAUUUGUUAUCCUAGAGGGAGAGACGCAGAAGGGGUAUUUUUUUUUUUUUUUUCGAAUGGAGGAAGAAAAGGAAGGAGAUAUUAGGGUUCCUCUUGUCUCUUCCCUAUUCUGCCUCUGCCUAACAAGCGGUGGAAUCUUUCUUGUUCUCUAUGUUUUCUUUCCAAAUCUCUCCAAGCCUUGGUAUCCCAUUGCAGCAUUAGCCUUAAUAGGCUCCCCAUGGCUCUUUUGGUUCCUAAUCUACAUUUACACCUGCAUGAAGGUUUGUUGUUGCGGCAACCGCGUAGACAACGGCCAGAUUUCACGGCGCUUCCCUGGAUCAAGCCAGCACGGAAACGAUUCCACCGCCAAUUCUUCUCGGAAUGGUGACUAUGGUACUGGGGGUAAAAGCCUGCAAGGCGGCAGAGAAUCAUCUGUCACCUCCUCCAAGGAAUGUGAGAUGCCAUUGACAUAUUCAGUCUAGUAUUGGGAAAAGGGUAAUUAUUUGAUUUUUCUCGUUGAUGGCUAUAAAAGAUUAAUCACUGUAUUCAAACAAAUGUGAAAUUUUUGACAUAGUGGAAAUUUGAGAAGAUGACUAGAGGAAUGUGGAGAUUGUGGAAAUGACCACAGAUCAUGAUCAUAUUUGUAGAUAGAGAAGAUAAGAAGAUGUAUAUAUUUAUUUCUCUAGUUUAUAGAGUAAGGAACAAAAUAUCUUGUGAUCUCUCUCUUUCUCUAGAAUGUUUCAUAGGAUAUCUUACAUUUUAAGCUCAUAGGAAAGUAUCAUUGGUGUGCACAUACUUUUUAGAAUGCAUUAUAUGAUAAUGCCAAUUUAAUUAAUUUGUAAAAAUAUACACCAACUAGAUAACCUUCUUUCAGCGGUGUAUGAUUUUCUUUUCUUUUAUAAUGGUAAUAGAUUGUAUAUUUAUGAG